AUGUCUCUUGAAACGUUCCCCUACGGCGACCACGACCUCCAGACUGUCACCGUCGCAAAACCCUACCCCGCACGCGCUCCCCUCCACGCUGAAAACAUUGACAAUGAAAGCGGUUACUGGGUGAUACUCAUUCACGGCGGCGCCUGGCGCGACCCGACGCAAACCUCAACAUCAUACCUUGCGCCCACCCUCUCGAUCCUCUCCUCGUCAGAAUCCAAGUCUCCAAAGUCUCAGUCCCAACACAUCAGAGGUCUUGCAUCUAUCUCGUACCGAUUGAGUCCACACCCGUCCCACUCGCAAGAUGCGUCAACGACAAUGGAAAGCCAUCUCCGGAACGCGAAGCAUCCCGAACAUAUCAAUGACAUCCAGCUCGCGCUCUCGUUUCUACAGAGGAAAUACAGGUUCGGCAAGCGGUAUAUUCUUGUUGGACACUCUUGUGGCGCGACGUUGGCCUUCCAGGCUGUCAUGGCAUCUUUAUCCGUUCAGGGACGAGAAGGUCUUGUAAAUGACUACAUCGCGCCGCUGGCGAUCCUAGGUAUGGCGGGGAUAUAUAACCUGCGUUUGCUACGGGAUAGUCAUAGAGAUAUCUCUGCAUACCAGGAAUUUAUUGAAGGGGCGUUUGGGAAGGACGAAAAGGUGUGGGAUGCGGCGAGUCCAGGGGUUGUGAGGGGUGUUAAUGGGGUGGAGGGGUGGAAAGAGGGAAGACUCGUUGUGCUUGCGCAUUCGAAGGAAGAUGAGCUUUGUGAUAUGGAGCAGAGUGAGAAGAUGAAGGAGUUUUUGGACGGGUGGAAGGGGAACGAUCAGAAGAGGUUGGUGCAGUUCCUGGAUAUUAAAGGAAGGCAUGACGAGGUGUGGGAGAAUGGGGAGGAGCUUGCGAGGGGGAUCUUAUUUACGAUCGAAGAGUUACAAAGUUUGCGGGAAUAA